CAAUGCGCCGCAAAGUAUAAAUAGUGUGACUUCAAUCGAGGAUCACCAGCAGGUUCCACAACUCCGCUGUACCAAAGGAGGGAGAAAUUGGCCGUGGAAGACGCAUAUUUACGUCCCAUUUUCGGGCGCCUUCCCAGAGAGUUGGCAGCAGCAUCACCUCGUCUCGUUUUCGAGGGGCCGCACCAUUGAUGUCUUAAGCUGCCGUGGAGCAAAGGGACAAGGGGGCUACGGCGAAAGUCUGCCUGACUGAUUUUUCCUUCUUUGAGAGAGGGAAAAAAACCGAGAGUGUGUGAUGGAAGAGCUCACCGCCUUCGUGUCGAAGUCUUUCGAUCACAAAGUCAAGGAGAAGAAGGAGGUGAUCACCUACCGGGAGGUGUUGGAGACCGGCGCGGCGAGAGCGGCCGGUCGCGGCGGGGAGCCCUUAGCACCGGAGCCCGGGAGCAGGGAGGAGGCGGCGGUCGUAGCCCGGAAUGUGGCGCUCUCGCCGGGAAGGGAGACGGACGUGCUCGGGUCAGAGAGGACCAGGGACGCCGGGAGCCCCAAACUCAUUGACGGCACCACGGAUGUGAAGGAGAGAAAAGAAGAGUCCGGGAAACCCAUGGAGGACGAAGCGCAGACCAAAAUCAAGCAGAGGAGAAGUCGGACUAACUUCACGUUGGAGCAGCUUAACGAGUUAGAAAGGCUCUUCGACGAGACGCACUACCCGGACGCCUUCAUGCGGGAGGAGCUCAGCCAGAGGCUUGGCCUGUCUGAAGCCCGCGUGCAGGUUUGGUUCCAGAACAGAAGAGCCAAAUGCAGGAAGCAGGAAAACCAGUUACACAAAGGCGUCCUGAUCGGAGCAGCCAAUCAGUUUGAGGCUUGUCGUGUGGCACCAUACGUCAACGUGGGGGCUUUACGGAUGCCCUUCCAACAGGAUAGUCAUUGCAACGUGCCGCCCUUCUCCUUUCAGGUGCAGGCACAGCUGCAACUGGACAGCGCCGUGGCACAUGCGCAGCACCACCUGCACUCGCACCUGGCCGCGCACGCCCCCUACAUGAUGUUCCCGGCGCCGCCUUUCGGCCUGCCUCUGGCCACGCUCGCCGCCGAGUCGGCGUCGGCAGCGUCCGUGGUGGCUGCCGCCGCUGCUGCUAAAAACACCAGCAAGAACUCGAGCAUCGCUGACCUGAGACUCAAGGCCAAGAAACACGCGGCGGCGUUAGGCCUGUGACGACGAUGAAAAUGACGACGGGAGCUAGGGCCACGCGAGGACACUAUUUAAGUUUUUCCAACGAAGGACAACUAGAAGAAUAAAGGCUAUUUAUGAAAUUAUGAAAAGGGACCGUCUGAUAGAUAGCCGAUGGGAGUGAUUUUUCUACGCCAAAAAUAAACAAAAAAACGGCCCUUGUGGCAGGAAGAGGAGGAGGAUGCAGCUGGCACGGUCGAUACUUUGUCAAACAAGGCGAACCAUUCUGCAGUCUGUUUUAACAUCUUAUUAUUAUUAAUAUUAUUAUUACUUACAGAGGCUGGCCUCGUUAUAGUUCAACACCAACCCUCCAAAAAAGGAGCAGAGCGGAUCCCUACUCGAAAUGAUUGCAUGAGUCAACACGCUGACCUAUAUGACCUUUUUUUUUCCAAUAUAAAUUUGGGCAAAGGUGAAGCUAGACAACACAAAUGUAAGAUCAUAAUAUAUGUUUUUUUUUUUUUUUUGCUAUGUGGUGUUAGAUCUCCUUUUGAAGGAGGUGCUUAUGUUAUAUACGUAUAUGACAGUAUAUAACAAAAAAUGACUGUAAAGCGGUACGGGCACAUGUAAAAUAUGUUUAUACACAGGAAACAUUCAUCAUUUUUGGUUCUUUUUUUUUGUAUUUUACUUAAUUUGUUAGCCAAGUGCUUCUGUAUUUAAUGUUUUUUUUUAAUUACUUUUUUAAUUAACAACAGUGAAAGUAAACUCACCUGAGACACGGGUUUUGUAAAAAAAAAAAAAAAAAAAGAAAAGAAAGAAAGAAAAAAUAAUAUCCACGACAACCUUUUUCAUCAUAUGUGAAACGUGCAUCCACCAAACCAAAUUGUUUUUUUUUGUUGUUCCUAUAAUAAAUUAACUAAAGGUUCUUUAUGAGUUGACACUUUUAUCUGACCAGUAGGGGCUCUUUGUUCGGAAUAUUAUUUAUUGGUAAAGAAUUGUUUUUAAAUAAUUCAUGACCGCAGCGCAAGUCUUUUGAUAACGUCACCGGUGACAGGUCCGUUUAGCGAGGAACAUCGCUUGUUCCCCUGCCAAACUCAUGCAUUAUGCAUGCUUUUUGGUUAUGGAACAUUUGAAGAGGUGGACUGAUCAUUUUCAAGAGAAAACAACUAGGAGAUAACAGAAAAAAGAGCGGUAAAGUUUGGCCCUUAAUUCUUUAUUUUCGCAAAGCCUCAUUAGUUUGGUCUACCCUGCCAGACACACUUCCCGUCAUCAGUGAUUGAUUGCUAAUUGACGUCGGCGAUUGUUGAAUCAGUUGUGGUCAAAAGGGCCUGUCGGCCAUUUUUGUUAUGACAAUGACUGCAAAUCAAAAGGAGGUGGAGCGGGCCUAUGUGUGAAAGCUUGAUUAACGCCUGCGCCUCACAGAUUCAUUUCCUGACAUCUUAAUCGCAUCUUAUUGAACAAACACGUGAUGCGAUCAUAGGCAGGCAGAUUGCCUUACAAAUCCCCAAAUAUCCGCACACAACAACAGUGUCCUGAGCUAUUAAUUAAUAGCCAACUCACUCUGAGGCUGCAUGUGUGUGUGUGUUGGCGUUCAGGGGGUAGGAUCUAGACGCCAAAUCUAUUGAGUUAUUGAUCGCCAGCCUCGCCGGUAAUGGAGGAGACGGAACUGGGAAACUGAACUGAUCGUGGGAGCAUGCCCUGUCCCACUCGGGAAGAUGCACUCACAGGCCAUAAUAUUUAAGUACAUGCAAAGCAUCGAAAUAGAUACAUUUAAAAAAAUAUAUGGCGGAAAACACAGACAAGACUGAAAAAGCAGUUUCUGCUCUUGCACUCCUCUUUAAAAGAAACUGCUGUAUUUUAAGCCAAAACAACUGUUGUGUUUGCUAGACCAAUAUGUCAAUAUGCUGCCAUAGCAGAUUCAUGGCGCAUUAAGCCCCCAAACUAUUUGUGAUUUGCCCUUUUUACUCUGGAAACCCCCGUUAACAGAUGUCGCGCAACCGCUUUUGUUUCAGCUCAGCCAUAAAACAAAGGUAAUUAAUAGGGUUGUUCCGAUCAUGUUUUUUUGCUCCCGAUCCGAUCCCGAUCGUUUUAGUUUGAGUAUCUGCCGAUCCCGAUAUUUCCCGAUCCGAUUGCUUUUUUUUUUGCUCCCGAUUCAAUUCCAAUCAUUUCCGAUAAUUUUUCCCGAUCAUAUACAUUUUGGCAAUGCAUUAAGAAAAAAAUGAAUAAAACUUGGACGAAUAUAUAC